AUGAAGGAUUUUUGGCUCUACGAAGACGCAGUAAACACAAAUGAUAUUAUGAUAACUGACCGCAGGCAACUUCACGACAAGCAUGGGGCUGUCUGCAAUCCGCACAUGCGUUUGCGAGAACGAAAAUCACAGCUGAGCUCACUUCCUUCUGGUCAUGUGCAAUCUAUAAAGCAAGAAAGUGAGCCGGCCAGCCAUAACAAGCAAAACACAAUAGAGCCACGGCGGCAGGGGAAACAACAACCUGUUCCAAAGAUGAAGGAGGUGGCUAGCACUUCAAAUCGACCGGCACCAAAGACAAUUUUACAGUCAUUUGCAAAGACACCCAUCAGUACUCCUCCAAAAUCUACGAAGCAGAUGAAGCAAACUGACGAACCCACCGCCGCACUUUCCGAUGAUGGAGAGCCUGAUGACACCGACAUCCUAUCUUCCAAAUCCAGCUUGGCGUUGCAUUCCAAGGCGAAGUCGCGCAAGGAUAGAGAAGACGCCUUAAGGCGCAUGAUGGAGGAGCAGGAGGAGGAAGAAGAAGAGGAAGAAGAAGAAGAAGAAGAAGAGGGAAACAAGCGUGAAGUGAUUGAGUUCGCUUCCAACAUUGAAGCGGAUGAAAACCCGGAGUCCGAGUCUUUAACAGAUGCAGAGCCCGAAUCAGGGGUCCCCUUGACAACACAGGCCGACAAGGAACCUUCAGAGACAAUUUCUAAUUCCGGAAAUGGCCGGAGAAGAGGCAAGCGUCGAGUGCUGAAGAAGAAACGAAUCUUGGAUGAUCAAGGAUACAUGGUCACGAUUCAAGAACCGGGGUGGGAGUCCUUUUCUGAGGAUGAUAUCACUCCGCCAGCGAAAAAGCCCACACCGCCGCUAAUGCCAUCAUCGUCCAUGAAGGCAAAGAAAACAUCGACAAAAGGCUCCCAAGGCAGUAUCAUGUCAUUUUUUGCAAAGAAAUAA